CCACCCGCCAAACACCACGUGCCACGCGACCGGGCUGCACGUGUAUUGCGGAGCAUUCUCUACUUUCGUACGAGAAACUGAGCGAGACAGAAGGGUGUUGCAAGCUUGGCGAUAGGCAGGGAUAAUAGGGGGGUGGCAGGUAGAGAGGGAACUUGCGAAAGUCCACUCAAAGAUUCCAGUAUGGAAACCGCCUUCUGAUAUCUCAUCAGGAAGAGUCAUCGUGAGAACCGUAGAUUGAAGCGACACGCGUGAGCAUCGUGAAGACUAUAGGGAAUUAGGGGAUGAAUUCCGUGAGAGUACUUAGAUACGUUAAAUUGUGAUCGUAGAAUUGUAAAGCUUCUUAACGAGAAGAGGAGAAAUCUUAAUCGAAAGGUAUUUGAAAAAGCGAAGAUCCCGUAGGGUGAAGAAGUGCCAAGAGGAACGAUCUACGUGAAUCUCAGCAGCGACAUCCUGUAGGAAAAUUUUAAUUACAAAAAAAUGACUAUGGACGUGAGCAAGACCGAGCCUAGUAAGAAUGGUGCGACUCAACAGGAAUGUGCUGGAUGCGGUAAAACGAUAACCGAAAGGUAUCUGCUGAAAGCACUGGAUAUGUACUGGCACGAGGAUUGUCUCAAAUGUGGAUGCUGUGACUGUAGACUUGGGGAGGUCGGAUCCACCCUCUAUACAAAGGCUAAUCUCAUUUUAUGCAAGAGAGAUUAUCUGAGACUAUUUGGCAAUACCGGUUACUGUGCGGCGUGCAGCAAAGUCAUACCAGCCUUCGAGAUGGUGAUGAGAGCAAGGGCAAAUGUUUAUCAUCUGGAAUGCUUUGCCUGUCAGCAAUGUAAUCACAGGUUUUGCGUAGGGGACAGAUUCUAUUUAUGCGAAAAUAAGAUACUGUGCGAAUACGACUACGAGGAGAGGCUCGUCUUUGCCAAUAUGGCUUUGCAUCCACCCCCGUCAGCUACCCUGGCGCAUAUUAAGAGACAAGUGACACAUCUUCAAUCACCGACAGUUCCCGGUGGUGCUGCUCAAAGGCAAACCAACGGUGAGGCACCCCAUAACCACAACGGAUAUCCAGCACCCCCAACAUCUACUGCCCACAACGCACUCAACCCUAUGAAUAAUUUAAACGGUAUCAAUGCACAGGCACCCUACGACACGAAAUGACAGUCCAAGUAAACACAGCCGAAGGCCAUGUGAUCCUCGACAAGACGUCAAUUCUAUAAUCUAGUCGAUAAUAAAUUCAAUUGACGACGUGAGAAAUCAUCGGAGGGAGGAACGAUGACAGCAUGGCCAUUAAAACUUAUUAGAUAUUAAUUAGAUAGUUUACGGAACUGGAUAUGUAUAUCUCAUCUGGUGCUGAUUUAGGUUAACCUGCAAACUCGUCCGCUUCUUCAAUCCCUCUCACGGUGCUUCCAAUAUCAUUUCCAAUUCCCCAAUGAAUUUUUUAAGUUUUCAGGAAUACAUUCGACUUUCGAAAUUCUCCCGUUUUUCAAAAGGAUUAUAUCCCAGGGAGAGGAAUUCUCCAGGGGCAGAGUUGGCUGCGACUGAUAGGUUCGGCAAACGAGCACCCUUAAAUCCCAUAGAUCGGAUCCAACGGGUAGUAGGUUGCAACGAGCAGGGGGGUGGUAACAACCACUCCUAACAGUCCUAACCACCCCAGGGACUCGUACGUUAGGGGUGACUUAGCAUUGUUUCAAGUUGGAAUCUUCGCGAGGCCAGAUUGAUGUUUGUAACUUUUACGUAACCUUAUUUGCGAGUCAGAUAACGAGCCUGAGUUAUGCGCAAACUUCAGGCUGGUUCUAUCGCCGAACGUAUCGGCCAUCCUUUAUUUUCCCCCAUAAACAAUUUCAAGUUGCUAGCUCAUAUCAGUAAGGAUCUAUUCGUUAUCGUUCUUUCAGUGCAUACGUAUACGUACGAUUGACGUCACUUUAAUUUUCUUAAUUACUAUGGAAAGUAACGAGGAAAUGCUUCCACGAUAUAUUUGUAUCGUUCCACGAGUACACGUUAAUGUUCCUAAUUUAGGUGUAUCUAACGAGGUACUAUAUCAAUAAGUAAUUAGAAUCGAAUAAAUCAAGUGUAUCCUACAAGCUAUUAUCGAAUGUCUAAUACGUUUUAGAAUAUAAAAAUAUUAGAUUCUGGAUAAGUAUUACAACUGGACUUAUGAUAACGCUGUCUAUUAUUCAAUGUUAUCCAAUAGAAGAGGUCUGUCAUAUGCUGGAUUUCAAUAGUUUAUACCAACGUGAGUCGCGAGAGGGAGCCGGAUGAAUAUGAGAGUGUACGAGUGUAAAGUACGAAAAACAAAAUAAAAAAACAUAACAGAUGUAACAACCAAAUACGGAUUGUACGGAUGUACCGUAACGGUUUAGCUAUAUGUAUAUGACGAAGUCUGUUUUUGUAUUAUAGCCUUAUUAUAGGUGCGAAAUAACGAGUAAUAAAAUUAUUAUUUCAAUGUUAA